AUGGACCAUCAAUCUGAUGUCCAAAAGCAGCCUUUCCAGGGACAACAUCAAAGGCUACCAAAUCAAAAUAUUGUUUACAUUCAGCAACACCCUCAAAAUUUUAGGAAUCAUACCAACCCUUACCAUAAUGAUAGUUCAACUAGUAUUAUAAAUCAAUCAUUUCAGGAUCAAAAUGCUAGCUUUGGGCUAUUUGAAAAUCACUAUCCCUUGGUCGCCAAUGGGAAUUAUUCAUCAUCAAAUACUUCAGCCGCCAUAAUUCCAAAUUCUUUCAAUUCUAACAAAACAAAAAAUGAUAAUAAUACCAAUAUUAAAAAUGCACAUUGUCUUUCCGAUAAUAACGACAAUGAUUUAUGCAACUUACAUCAAAGAACCGAUGCUGGAUUCCAAUAUGCCAGUGGAAAUUUUCAAUCGAUAGAUUUACAGGGCCUGAAUUACCAACAAACAUCACCAUUUUUUCUACAAAAUCUGGGCAAUCAUUAUCAAUUAAACGAUAAUUUAGUGUCAACAUAUCAAAGCUCGGGCUCAAGCGAAUCAUCGGAUGAGAGUUCAAUAUCUAAUGCUUCACAGUUUCAAUAUUCCAGUGACUCAAGUAAUAUUUCAAACAAUCAAUUUGAAUUUCCUGUGCCUGCAUCUGCUCCAAAUUUGAAUGGUCAAAAUUUUCAUCAGUUUCAACAAAAAGACAUAGCAGAGAAUUAUUUGGCAUUGAUGCAACAAGAUAAUCAUGUACCAAGGUGUGAUUCUAGUAAAUCGGAAACAGCAGAGUCAACUUGUAGCAGUCUAAGUUCUGGGUCAACAGAAAGUCAGUCGGAAAAUGAAAAUUCAGUCAGAUUGCCCUUGAUUGUUAAUCCUGCCUUGAAUAACAAUGCUAACCUUAACAUUUUACACUCUUAUCAAUCAAAUAUUCAUAAUAAUGUCUCGUCUUACUCGAAUUUGGUUGAGCAAAAUGAAAAUGGUGAAUUUAUUACGCAUGGAAAUUAUCCCAAUCAUCCUGAUCAAAAUGUAUUGAAGUGCAACAAUUUUGCAGCAGCAAUCAAUCCUACAAAUUUUGGCAAUGAAAAUAUUAAUAACAUAAAUCACAUGCUGCCACAAAAUAACCAAGUCAACAAUGUUGUGGUAAUGUUGCCAAAUCGUUUGAACAAGAAUAUUCAAAACCAUGUGCAACCAAAUCAUCAACAGCAAAUGUUACAAAAUCCGUCCUCGCAAGACGUUUUAAACACAUCCAAAUUUUUAAUACAAAAUCCGAAAGUUAACCAGCAAAAAAUAUUUGGUUUAAUAAAUGUGUCAAAUCCAGUAUUACAGGAUAAAAUGAUUUCGGGAGUGCAAACAAAUCAAAUGAUAAAAGUCAAUAAUGUAAUAACCCAAGACAAUUGUGUUAAAAAUAACUAUUCGAACAAUAGAAAUUGGAAAAAAGAAAAUAAUAAUUUACCAUGUGAAAUUUAUCAAACAAAUUGUGGUGGUGGUGGUGGUGUUGGUGUUGGUGGAAUUAGUGGUGGUGAUGUCAACGAUGAUAGAAGUAAUAAUGUUCAUAAUUGUGCGAGUGGAAAUACAUCCGGCGUACAUCCAAUCAUUCAUGUUCCCAAUGAUGGAGGAGUAACUAAUAAUUGUGCAUCACAUAUUCAAAAUACCAGUGACACAUCUGUGAUAAAUUCAAACUUUAUUCAAAAUAACAACUUACUGUUGAAAGGGUUAAAUGACAAUGAAAAUAAUAGUGCAAUGUUAAUUAAAGAAACCAGUGAUAAAAAUAUUAGCCAAUCUGUUGUUAGUAGUGUGAAUAGCUCAGUGAUUGAUUCGAAUAGUGUUUAUUUGGUAACGAAUAAUAAUAAUAAUAAUAAUGAAAAUAAUGUUAUUAAAAAUAAUUGUUGUGAUGAUACUUCUUCUUCGAAAUCAUGUUUCAAUUCAAAUUCUGGAAUUAAUAAUUCAUUGCCUGUUCCUUCGGGAUGGAAAAGGUUAUUGGUAGACGGAUCUAUUAUUUACUUAAGAAGUUAA